UGAUAGACAGACAUAUGGCUUAUACAGAUGGUAGCUAGCUAGACAGGCUUCAGUGAUUUAGCCACACAAUAGUGACAGAGAGGGACAGACAGACAGAAGGAUGUAUGAGAAAGAGACGCAGCAGCACAUUGCUAUUGCCCCCAGGCGUGUUAGUUACAGGCUGCAGGAGAGUUACUGGGAUCCCCCACCCCCAGUAUAAAGCAAGCUACUAUGAGUGUGUGUGAGUGGAAGCUAAAGGCACUGUGUGGCACAGUAUGUGAGUAAUCAGCUCGGCGUGGGGUGAAGCCUAAUAAUUAGACUUGCUAAUAAGAAGCGACCAAUAGGCUGUGGCGUGCAGCUGCCAGUCACACGUGUGUGCAUAAAAGGACAUUCCUCUGCCAGAGUCUUAAAUGCCCUCCCCAGCAGCCCCUCAGUGCUCUGCCUGUGCUGUGGGGUUACCCACCUGAGGAAAGGACUAUGGAUAAAGUGGGAGGCAACUUCAGCACCACCAACAGCUCCCUGGCCAAGCCGCCUCUCUAUGCCGGGGGGCUGCAGCCGCUGGACUCGGCCGAGUGGUCCCUAGUGAUCCCCACCUUCCUGGUUGCCAUCUGCUUGACUGGAAUCGCAGGGAACUUGUGUGUGAUCGCAGUUCUGUUGCACAAUGCAAGGAGAGCCAAGCCUUCCCUCAUCCAUUCUCUCAUCCUGAACCUGUGUGUGUCCGACCUGCUGCUCCUCACCUUGUCCGUGCCCUUUAAAGUGGCCGCCUACACCAGGACCAGCUUGAGUUUCGGCUGGCUAGUUUGCAAGACGGCCGACUGGUUCACCCACGCCUGUAUGUCCUCAAAAAGUAUGACCAUCGCCUCUGUGGCCAAAGCCUGCUUUAUGUAUGCCAGUAACCCUGCCAAGCAAGUGAAUAUCAAGCAACAGACUGUGUGUGCGGUCCUCUUAUCCACCUGGCUGCUCUCUGCCCUCCUGCCUCUGCCUGAGUGGCUCUUCACCAGUAGCAAACAAGUCGAUGGUUCCCCUGCCUGCAUCAUGGAUAUACCCCCACACGCCCAGGAGAUGAUGGCAAUCUUUGUAAAGUUUUAUCCUUUUAUUGUCUACUGCGUCCCUUUUACUCUGGCUUCCUUCUAUUUCUGGAGAGCUUAUGGGCAAUGCCGGCGCAGAGGCACCAAAACCCAAAACCUAAGGAACCAGAUAAGAUCGCGGAGACUUACUAUAAUGCUGAUGAGUGUCACUAUAACCUUUGCCAUCAUGUGGCUCCCUGAGUGGGUAUCAUGGCUCUGGCUUUGGCACCAGUCCCCAAGUGGUCCAUCUCCACCCCAAGCUUUUAAGGUCUUGGCUCAGAUCCUUAUGUUUUCCCUCUCUUCUAUAAACCCUCUGAUCUUUCUGGUCAUGUCGGAUGAGUUCAAAGAAAGUUUUAAGGAUGUCUGGAAACAUUUGGCAUCCAGGAAAUCAAUGGUAGCACAUGGCAUUCAAGAUAAGGCAGCUGGGCACUGUGAUAUUCCCCCAGAGAGUCCUCCCUCGCCCCAGCCCAACACUAGCGCCGUUGAGGAGCAGUCUUGUUCCCAGCAAAACUUCGGAAGCCAGGAAAGUAAAGACAACCAAGUCCUGCCAGAUGUAGAGCAGUUUUGGCAUGAGAGAGAAACCCACUUGACUGACCAAGACAACGACCCUGUUCCCUGGGAGCACCAAGAGGAGCAGCCAGUCGGGUCUGGAAACCCAAGCUCUGCCAACUGAGCAUGACUGGCAUUCCAUUAUAUGUUGUAUUUGCUUGUAUUCAGCUUGCUGACAUGCUUGUUUCUAUUUUGAUAAUCUAAAUGACUUUAUGUGAUAUAAUAUAUGGGGUAUAGGGAAAUGUAGAGGGAAAUUCUGGACUUUCCAGUUACCGGUUGUAUAUCAGUUCUAGAUUGGAAAGCCUAAAUGAAUUCAGUUUCAAUAGAAAGUGUUAUUCCCAUGUACAAUCAGAUGUAAGAAGGCACUUCCAUAAGUCAAGUUGCCCUCAUGUGAGUAUAUUCUUCUAACCCCUAUUGUUGCUGCUGGGAAGCUGCAUACAGUAUAAGACCCUCUAUAAGACACUGCAGCACCCACUAAACCCCCCUCCUGUGUACUAUGUGCUGUAUGGGGUGACUUUCAACAGUUUCAUUGUUAAAAGUUCAACUCUGCAUAUUAAAUUGUAUUUGUUAAACACAUGGAUGUUUUAUAUGUGUAUUUUCUGCCCAGUCUUAUAUGAAGCUGCUGAUUAUACAGAGAAAAUGCUUCAGGUAAAAUCAUUUCAAAUAAAAUUUAUAUCAAUUUAAAAUAAAUGAAGGUCCAUUACUUAUUCACUAUAUA